GCCGCGACGACCGUUGGCAGCGUGGAGGGUUUCUACAUAUAGAGGUGAGCGCGACUUGCGAUUCAGUCUCUUCGAAACCAGCAGCAAUAAGACAACCGCGAAUAAACAUCACUAAUCGCGGGUUUGAUUUUUUUCUCUCAAUGUGCUGAUGAUUUUCACGAAUCUCGAAUUUUUAACAAACGGAAUUGAAGCAAAAAUACAAAGGCAAGAAUAGACUUUUGAGCGAGUUGUGUGAAAUUUGAGCAACACAUCGUAGCUGCGGACGCUUCUUCUUCAGGCGAUCUUUUAAUUGCAUCAAAAAUGGAACAGAACGGUAUCUCAAUAAUAUCUCCACCGGGUGUCACGGAAAAUUCUGUCGGAAAAUCCAAGAGCGUCGGCGUCACUCUCAGAUUCAACGACAGCAUGCAGAUGGCGAAGGAAAAACUAAAGGCGCCCUGGUCGAAGAAGCUCAUGGUGGAAGACGGCACGUUGUAUGACAAAUUCCUGACUGCUUUAGCAGAAUUGAUUGGAACGGCAAUUCUGGUAUUUCUGGGAUGUACAGCAUGCGUGGGCAGUAUGGAAGAGAGUCCGAAGCAAUUGCAAAUUGCCUUUGCUUUCGGUAUCGCUGUCAUGAUCUCUAUACAGUGCGUUGGCCACAUCAGCGGCGCUCAUCUCAAUCCAGCUAUUACAGUGGCUGCAAUGAUUCUCGGCAAGAAAUCUCUUUUAAUGAGCGGAUUCUACGUCGUUGCACAAUGUCUGGGUGCCCUAUUAGGUUACGGCCUAUUAAAGGGAAUAACGCCGGAGCACCUUUUGCACAGCGGUACAACAUCAACAAUAAAUUCAUUCUGCACGACUGACGUUAAUAGAAAUCUGACGCCUGGUUAUGGUGUCGCGGCUGAGGCUUUAGCUACGGGAAUAUUGACGUUUUUUGCCUGUGGAAUUUGGGACUCGCGUAAUAAAAAGAACACAGACUCGGUGGCGAUAAGAUUUGGCUUUUGCGUCACCGCUCUGUGCCUCGCUUUCAUCCCUUACACUGGCUGCAGCUUGAAUCCUGCCAGGACAAUCGGACCGGCAAUGUGGAACAACUAUUGGCAUAACCAUUGGAUAUACUGGCUGGGACCGAUCGGAGGCGCUAUAAUUGCAGCCUUGAUGUAUCGAUGUUUAUUUUCGCCUGAUACGAAAGAUGAGGAAGACAACAUAAACACGGGAACUCUGAAUGGCAUCGAGACGUAAACAGAAUCGUACCGAGGGAAAUUGCAUUCCGGUUGUCGGUUCACAAAUUGAACGAGAAAUCCUGAUCGCGCCGGUAUUUUUCUCGGCCAAAAAAGAGGACAUUGUAAAAGUUCCAGCGGAAGCUACCCGUGCGAAGCGACGGUAGCAGAUCGGACAGGCAUCGAACUUUACGGAUUUCUACUUCCAAGGUGCUCGGAAACGUCUCAUUCGAAGAUCCCGUAACCCGAAAGAUCGUGGCUGCCACGCGACGAGGAUUUCUUGCUUGUAAACUGAUCUGACGGAUUAUUUUUUGUACAAAAAUGCGUUGUAGCGUUAAAUAAGGCGUUGUAUUAUUUGCUUCUAUGCGGUAAACGCAAACUCCGAGCGCGUUUGUUGUCACAAUUAUUUUUUAUUCGCUGCAUCCGCUAUCACGGUUGGGCAAUAUACCGUAUAUAUACAUUUUAAACACAAAAUGCAAAAUGUAAAUCAUAAAUUGGUUUUAUCUCUUCAAAAUUAGAAUGCAGAAUAUUGUUAUGAAUAUCGUUAAAACGACCAAAUACAUAAAUAAUAAACGCGAAUAAAUAAAAAUUGUUGACAUUUCGUAUAUUGAAGUAUUGUGUAUUCCAAAUGUUUAAUGCGUGAAUAAUAUAUAUAUUUGGAAUACUGCCCGGCCGUGACUUAUAUCCUAUUUAUAUUCUUACUACACGAUUUUUAUAUCGCCAGCACUUUCAAAGAAAUUCGCUAUACGCCGUUGUAACGUGAAGCGAAGCGCCGGAACGGCGCGUAGUUUCAUUUUGCCCAGCAGCAUUUGUCUAGCAGUAUAAUUUCAAGUAUUAACUCUCUUGCACCCUCGUUUCUCUUUCCUGUUUUUUCUUUCGUCUUUCUUUCUUUUUUUCGUUUGUAACGUAAAACGCACGUGAAAAAGAAAUCUCUCUCUUUCUCUCUCGCAUGCAUUACGCGCGGCAGGGCCGGCGGUGCAGCUGCAUUGCCGCGCUUUUUAUUAAUUAUUAGCGAAUUUAUGGGUUACAGACUCGGUUCGCUCGUUCGCAAUUCUACUAAAUUCCACCCCCAUUAUAUCGCACAUGUACGCGAUGCAGCUCGUUAAAGCCGACGUUGAGGUGGCUGCUCUCGCGCAAGCGGCCGCAUAACACGGCCGCCCCACCCUCUUAUCCCUGCCGCGACGAAAUUCGAAAUAACGGAAUUAGUCUCGGCGAAUUCAGGAAAUUACCUCCAUCGCCGUCGGUCGCGCCAAAGUUUUAAUUGUACUCGGUGCAUGUCUAUAUACGUGUAUGAGUCUGAAUGUGUGUUCUCUGUGCGUACGCGUGCGUAUGUGUGUGUGUGUGUGCGUGCGUGCGUGCGUGCGUGCGUGUGUGUGCAAGUGUGUGCGUGUGUGUGCAAGUGUGUGCGUGUGUGUGUGUGUGUGCAAUUGCAAUUACGUUCUCGCGGCUUAAUGUAUAUGUAAAUAUAAGAUACACGCUCGGACCCCCUCGCUUCCUCCCUCCUCUUCCUCUUGCGUAGAUAACAAUAACUUUAAAAGCCUUGAGUGUAAAAUCGCGCGGUAGAUUUCGAUCCUAAAAUUCACAAGCUUUGUAUGCGCGCAAACGAUCGCGGAGAGAUAAGAUCGUAUUUCGGAUUACACGGCUGUACAGGUAAGUAUUUAGAUUAUAAUGGAAUGCGAUUUCAAAUAAAUUUCAUACAAUAUUUUUAAAGGAUCGUGAUCUUUUCUCUAAUACGCACCUUUGCUCGCAAAUAUUUAAUAAAGUAAUAUAACAUUUAAGAAAAUUGAUUUUUUAAAGAUUGAGCUUGAAAUCUGUAUAGCUUGCAAGCACUUGUGAUGUAAACAGCUUAAAAUAAAUAUGUGAAUAUGCAA